AUGGCGCAAUACGGCUACGGACAAAACCCGCAAUACGGCGCAGGAAAUGCGCAAAACCUCCAAUUCUACCCGUCCUCAUUUUCGAACCAACCAGUAUCUGGCCAUUCCACACCGUUUCAGGCAAACUACGGCGCACCGGCGAGUCAAGCGUAUCCCGCACAGUAUGGCGCGGGGUUCGCUGCACCAGGUGUGAGCGGGCAGAUGGGCAUGGGUGUGUCGGGGCUGCGGACGGGGUGGCUGGCAGCUUUUGGCACAGAAGGAUAUGAUGGAGAGCCGCCGCUACUGGAAGAGUUGGGAGUGAACUUCAGGCAUAUACAGAUGAAGACGUUGGCUGUGCUGAAUCCGUUCGGUCGGAUCGAUCAACAUAUUAUGGACGACAGCGAUGUGGCAGGGCCGAUACUUUUCUUCUUGAUCUUUGGGACGUCGUUACUGUUGUCUGGAAAGCUUCAUUUCGGUUACAUCUACGGCCUGGCGUUCGUUGGCACGAUCCUUCUCCACCAGAUCCUCUCGCUCAUGUCCCCGCCUGUCGUCGAAGCGGCACCAGGAGACCACGGUCACCCACAUGGCUCACAUCUCGGCUCCUCGUUAACGUUCCCACGAUCAGCAUCGGUGCUCGGAUACUGUCUGCUCCCUCUCGUUCUGGUAUCGAUGUUUGGAAUCAUUGUGCCGCUUGACGGGCUAUUUGGAUACCUUCUGACCAGCCUGGCCAUCACAUGGUGUUCCUACAGCUCCAGUUCCAUGUUCACCGUUGUUGGGCGCAUGACUUCCAUGCGGGGACUGGUAGCGUACCCCAUGGUUCUGUUCUAUGGUAGUUUUGGUAUCAUGGCUAUCUUCAGCUCGCGGGGCACUGGUCAGUUGGCGGCGAAGGCGGCAGGAUCAUAG